AUGGAUGACAUUGACGCUAUGUUCAGUGACCUCCUGGGGGAGAUGGACCUCCUAACACAGAGCCUUGGAGUUGACUCUUUACCCCCCGAGGCACCUCCCACUUCACAAAAAGAAACACCACCAAUGAAUUUCUCUGCUGGUUUUACAGAUUUGAAUGCGGAAACUUUGCAUGAGCUGGAGGAUAAUGAUUUGGAUGCACUGAUGGCUGACCUGGUAGCAGACCUGAGUGCAACUGAGCAGAAGAUGGCUGCAGAGAGAGAGGGAGUGAAAACACCCCAUUCUGUUCCCCCUCUUGCCCCAGCUGCCUUGCCAACACCUCAGCUUCAGAGUGACCUUAGCCAGCCCAGUCCCUCCAGCAGCAGCACCACGAGUUCCAGCAGUCAUUCAAGCUCAAUCUCUCCCCCUCCACCUCCUCAGAGUACCAAGCCAUCAAAGGAGGAAAUAGAAGCACAGAUCAAAGCAGAUAAAAUCAAGCUUGCAUUGGAGAAGCUGAAAGAGGCCAAAGUGAAAAAGUUGGUUGUAAAAGUGGAGAUGACUGACGGUAGCUCAAAGACACUGAUGGUGGAUGAAAGGCAAGAGGUGAGAGAUGUUUUGGAUAACCUGUUUGAGAAGACCCACUGUGACUGCAAUGUGAACUGGUGCCUUUAUGAGACCAACCCUGAACUGCAAACCGAGAGAGGCUUUGAAGACCAUGAAAAUCUGGUGGAACCUCUGUCUGCAUGGACACGAGACAGUGAAAACAAAGUACUUUUUCAGGAGCGAGAGGACAAAUACGAAGUCUUCAAAAACCCUCAGAACUUUUAUCUAUGGAAAAAGGAUAAGAAAUCACUCAUGGACACGAAGGAAAAAGACAAGGAGUUGCUUCUGGAGGAGAACUUCUGUGGGACCUCCAUCAUUGUACCUGACCUCGAGGGGGUUCUGCAUCUGAAAGAGGAUGGGAAGAAGUCCUGGAAACCACGCUUCUUCCUGCUGAGGGCUUCUGGAAUGUAUUAUGUACCCAAAGGGAAGACAAAGACAUCGCGGGACUUGGUGUGUCUGGUGCAAUUUGACAAUGUGAACGUCUACUAUGGAAAAGAGUACAAGCAGAAAUAUAAAGCCCCUACUGACUUCUGCUUCAUUCUCAAGCACCCUCAGAUCCAGAAAGAGUCUCAGUAUAUAAAGUACCUGUGUUGUGAAGAUGCCUGGACUUUGACUCUGUGGGUGACAGGGAUUCGCAUUGCAAAGUAUGGAAAACUUUUAUAUGAUAACUACAAGACUGCGCAGAAGAAAGCCUCAGGAUCCUCGAUUUGGACGAACCGGAAUAUUUCCAGUCAACCCACCCCCUCUGCUACUCCUAAAGCCAAAGCUGCCAAUGGGCAUGCUCCACAGCCUCCUGCAGAAUCUUUGCCCAAGGUCCAGGGCAACCAGGCUCAACUGCCACCACCACCGCCGUCACUUCUGAAUGACAGCUUACCACCUCCGCCCCCAGACCCUGAGUUACCUCCCCCUCCACCUAUGCCUCCAAUGACUGGAAAGAGCGCCACAAUGUCAUCCUCUGGCUUCCCAGGGAAUUUCCCUCCACCUCCCAUGGAUGACCUCCCACCUCCUCCUCCAGAUGAUGAGACCGAACUGCCACCAGACUUUCUGCCCCCACCCCCUCCAGUCAUGGGAGGUUCUGGCAAUUUUGGAGCCACUUUACCUCCUCCUCCACCAGACCCUCAAUACAGUGCUAGAACAUCCACGACUGACUCUCUACCUCCACCUCCACCAUCUCCAUAUGCAGCUGGUGGUGUGCCUCCACCACCUGCUCCUCCUCCCCCACCUCCCCCAUCUGCUCCAGCAGUGCGUCCUACCCCUUCUGUGAAGAAAUCUGCACCACCACCACCAAAGAGAACUACACCUGUGCAAUCAGCACCAUCUGGUGGGGAUUUCAUGUCAGAACUGAUGUCGGCCAUGCAGAAAAAACGCAGUGAUCAAUAAAUGUGAUUCAGCAUGGAAAACUGGAAAACCUGUGCUGCCACAAACUGUCACAAUGAACUCAAAUUUCAUUACUAAAUCCUUUCUAUACUAAAUCCUUAAAAGACGAUAUCUCAAAGCGGAG